CUGGUAGUUGUAGUUCGACCGCGAGCGCUGCCGUCGGGAGGCUGCUCCGAGGUUCCAGGCUGUCCCCCACUACCCCGCCUUCGGCGCUCCGCUCGCAGGAUGGAUCCCGUACCCGGGACAGACUCGACGCCGCUGGCUGGCCUGGCUUGGUCGUCGGCCUCUGCACCCCCGCCGCGGGGGUUCAGCGCGAUCUCCUGCACCGUCGAGGGGGCACCCGCCAGCUUUGGCAAGAGCUUCGCGCAGAAAUCUGGCUACUUCCUGUGCCUUAGUUCUCUGGGCAGCCUAGAGAACCCCCAGGAGAACGUGGUGGCCGAUAUCCAGAUCGUGGUGGACAAGAGCCCCCUGCCGCUGGGCUUCUCCCCGGUCUGCGACCCCAUGGAUUCCAAGGCCUCUGUGUCCAAGAAGAAACGCAUGUGUGUGAAGCUGUUGCCCCUGGGAGCUGCAGACACAGCUGUGUUUGAUGUCCAGCUGAGUGGAAAGACCAAGACAGUGCCUGGAUACCUUCGAAUAGGGGACAUGGGCGGCUUUGCCAUCUGGUGCAAGAAGGCCAAGGCCCCGAGGCCAGUGCCCAAGCCCCGAGGUCUCAGCCGGGACAUGCAGGGCCUCUCUCUGGAUGCAGCCAGCCAGCCGAGUAAGGGCGGCCUCCUGGAGCGGACACCGUCAAGGCUGGGCUCUCGGGCAUCCACGCUGCGGCGGAAUGACUCCAUCUACGAGGCCUCUAGUCUCUAUGGCAUCUCAGCCAUGGAUGGGGUUCCCUUCACACUCCACCCACGAUUUGAGGGCAAGAGCUGCAGCCCCCUGGCCUUCUCUGCUUUUGGGGACCUGACCAUCAAGUCUCUGGCGGACAUUGAGGAGGAGUAUAACUACGGCUUCGUGGUGGAGAAGACCGCGGCUGCCCGCCUGCCCCCCAGCGUCUCGUAGUUCUUCACCCGUCCGUGGGAAGAGCCCCCUUACGCCACCCCCGGCCAGCCUGGAGCCACCCCGCCUCUCUGCAUCCUGGGAACCUCCGCCCUGCAAGGCUUUGCUAUCUUCAGCCACUGGGCGGAGCUGCAGCUCUGGAGGAGGGGGCGGGUCGAGGCUGCGUGGUGAUGGGGUCUCCACCCACAGGCCCUGCCGGGCAGGGCUGGAGCUGGACAGAAGCCAGUGCCUUUAAGUCAUUCGUGUCAAAACCCUCUGGGGUCCGGAGGCAGCACGGGUGUCCUCCUGGCAAUAAACACUACCUGGUUCACGCC